AUGUCCGACUCAAAAGAGGAGUUAAUUACCAAUGCGACCCAAGGGUUUCUUGAGAUGUGCUGUAUCGUGUCUGCUGCAGUAAUAUGGAUGAUGGACUACAUCCAAACGCUUCCCAUCGAAGUGAAUGUAAUAUGGCGGCGCAAGUGGACAGGCAGCUCCGUCUUGUUUGCUGUCAAUCGUUAUGGGUAUCUGAUAGCGCUGGCUUUCGAACUCUUCCUGUAUCUUCCGGGAGUGACCACGGGCAGAUGGUGCUCAUCCGCAGGCCAUCUACAGAUCGUUUUCUUCUCCUUGACAACUGCAACGAGCGCUGCUCUUCUGUCACUUCGAUUAUACGGCAUUUACGGUCGCAGUAGGAUCGUACUAUUGGCUACCACUGCCUUAAUCCUGUCUCGCGCAUUCUGUGAUAUUUGGCAAACAGUCAAUGCCGAGUACACAUCGAACAUAGGGACACCUCUGCAGCAGAUUGAUCGCUGUCUUAUCGAAGUCAAGAACUUCAAGGUCUUGGAUAUGUGUAGAAGCCACACUAAAGACAACGCAGUGAACACGGUUAUACCGACUCUCGGUAUAACAUUCGACAUAUUCCUCUUCGCCCUCACGGUGAGGAAGACGCGUGAUCAAGCAAAAGCUAUGAAGGAUCUGGGACGCGUGAGUAUUGCACAUGCUUUACUGGACGACGGCUUCUUUCAUUUUCUCACUGUGGGAGUUCUUGGAGCAGUAUACUCAAUAUCGAACAUAGUUCCUCUCAUAAAACCGAAUUCUCCAGGAGCGAGGUCCUUCGCCUAUCUCAACCCUUACUACUCAGCGUGA